AGAGUGAAUUUACGUGAAUAAUUUACGCACGUGGCUGCUCGGCAGUUUUCUACUAUUGAAGUCAGUGGGUGCUGGUGUUUAUAAACAAACACUAACUUGUUGAUUUUUAAAUAAAUUUUGAAAGAUGUCUGAUAAAAAAGAUCCUUUAGUUUGUAUUCCUGGACAACGACUUUGUUUAUCAAACAAAUUAAAUGUUGCUGGUGCGGGAACUUAUGAAGAAAAUGGUUAUAUUUAUUCAAAACUUGUUGGUACUGUUGAAAUAAUAAAAGAAGAAAAUACCAAGACAAUUGUAGUUCAUGGUACUAAGGAACAAAGUAUUGUACCAGCACCUGGUGACAUUGUGACGGCUAUGGUGACACAAGUAAACCAAAGGUUUUGUAAAUGUACUAUGAAAUGUAUUGGCGAUGUUAUUCUAACCAGGUCAUACAGAGGAAUUUUGAGAAAAGAAGAUGUGAGAGCGACUGAAAAAGAUAGAGUUGAAAUGUACAAAUCUUUUCGACCUGGUGAUAUUAUACUUGCUCGUGUUUUACCUAUGACAGAAGCACAUAUUUAUUCACUGUCGACGGCCGAAAAUGAACUGGGAGUAGUUUUGGCGCACAGUGAAGAAGGUGUAUCAUUGAUUCCAAUUAGCUGGACGGAGAUGCAGUGUCCGAAAACAUUAGCUAAAGAAUUCAGAAAAGUUGCGAAAGUCGUACCUGAAAAAGAUGCUAUGGGUCAUGUAGAUAAAUAAGAAAUAUAAAUUAUAUUUUGAAUAAUGA